AUGACGCAACUUUUACCUCCAGAAUGCUUAGAAAAAAUUUUUUUGAAAUUGCGUAAACCCUCGCAUGAUACAUUUUCCACUUCCACCAACGCAUAUAAGGUAGCAGAUUUAUAUUCUUGCACAUUAGUUUCGCGAUACUGGUGUAAAAUCGCAACACCACUCUUGUAUUAUUAUCCGUUUCGGAAUUUUCGUCACUUAAAUAAUAAGAAAAUUCUACCGGUGAAGAAGGACGUUCAAGAUUAUUAUAAAUUGCUUAGAACUUUAUUAACAUGUAUCCCACUAUCGGAUAUAACGACAAUAGUUUUUCCCAUCGAUGCAAAAAAAUCGUUCAACGAACCAAUUUUUUAUCCUCCAAAGGCCAUAUUUGAUUAUGUUGGAUAUAUUCGAGAGUUACAUCUUGAUGCCAAACUGUUUAUGGCUUAUUCUACAUUUGCCCAUAAAAACAUUUGGAUGCCAUCCUACAUGCACGCAAAUACGACGCAAGAAGUGUUUUGUUGUUCAAUAAUUAAUUAUCUUGUGAAAUAUUUGUGUGAGCGUUGUAAUAGGAUAACCAUCUUGGAAAUCAACCCUUAUAUCCAGGAUAAUAAAAAGUCGAUUUUUGAUCCCAUAGAAAUGUUAACAUCCGGUUCGAUGGAAAGGAAGUUAAGUGGAUUAAAAAAAUUAUAUUGUACGAGUCCUGGAAACGCCGGAGCCGAAUUAAAAUUAAGAGACAACCCUAAAUUAACGCAACUCUACACCACUCUUUCCCAAUCGAAUGUAAACCUCGAAUUGAUUCAUAACAAUAAAAUUACAUCUCUUGAACAAGCGAAAGCGUUGUCCUUAUUAAUUUCUUCACAAGGAAAGUUAAAAAACAUCAUAUUAUCGGAAGAAGAUGUGAUAGUUGGGUUUCCGAGGAUCGGCAAUGACCAAGUAUUCGGAUGGUAUAACGUCGUGUUUAAUUCCUUAUACACACACAAGGAAAGGCUAGAAAAAUUGGAAUUUACUUAUUUAUCCUUUGAACAUAUUGAUGAGGAAGCCUUGAAUUCCCUAUGUUCACUUAAAAAUCUUAAAAGGUUGAGAAUAUAUAAAUGUAGGUUCCUCGGUACCAAAAUACAGUCAUGGGCGAAAAGCUUAACAAAUCUUGAAGUUUUUGAGUACAAGGCAGUAACAUAUCCUCAAUUAUACGUCGCUGUAGAUUUAUUAAAUGCGGUCUUUCAAUCCUCUUCAACUAAAUUAAAAAAGUUAGUGUUAGGUUAUAAAAGAGACUAUGAUCAAGGUUAUCAAUCAAUCAAUCAAAUUCCGCUUUAUUUAGGUUCUCUAAAUCAUUUAGAACUCCCAAAACUAUUUUCUUUUGAAUUAAUUUCCAUUUUCAAAUCAUGUAAAGAAUUGAUAUAUUUUAGCACCGAAUUAGAUGGGGAAUUGGGACCGAUUGGUAAACUUGUUCCCAAUAGCGUGCAAAAAAUUCAAUUAAAAGAUACGUCGAUAAGCGUCGAAACGCUGAAAGAAUUUUUGGAAGGAUGCGUGAAUCAAGGAGGUAAAUUGAAGUCUUUGGAGAUUACCGGAAAGUACAAGUUAACCGAGACGUCUUUUGAAGUUGCGAGAGGGUUAGGGGUGCGAUUAAUUAAUUAA